AUGCGCUUGACCAAGCGUUAUUCGAAUUUCGAGCAAGACGCCGCCCGCCGCCGCCGGUGGGAUAGUGAUGUGCUCCGCACGUGCGCCCGUAUCGAUGGUCCGUUGGCAGCUGAGCGGACCAUCAAAUUCUCGACUUAUCGUGAGUAUCGAUUCCGGCGAUGGUCCGGCGGGGGGAGACGCGGAGUGUUGGGGGGGGGGGGGGGGGGCGGCUUCAGCGCGAACAACGCCGCCGGCGACGCGCACAGAUGCCACUCAUGCGAGAUCGUGCUGCGCGUC